GAUCUUCCUCAUGGAGGUCACUUGUCACAUGGAUUUAUGACUCCUAAAAGACGGGUAUCUGGGACUUCGAUUUAUUUUGAAUCGAUGCCCUACCGUCUUGAUGAAUCAACAGGCCUUAUUGAUUAUGAUAUGCUUGAGAAAACUGCCACCCUCUUUCGACCAAAACUCAUCAUUGUUGGUGCUAGUGCUUAUCCUCGUGAUUUCGAUUAUCCUCGAAUGAGAAAGGUUGCAGAUUCUGUUGGGGCUUUUCUCAUGAUGGAUAUGGCUCACAUAAGUGGUUUCGUUACUGCAUCUGUACUUUCCGACCCAUUUGAAUACUGUGAUGUUGUAACAACCACCACUCACAAGUCAUUACGAGGUCCCAGAGGUGGCAUGAUUUUCUACAAGAAAGAUCUUGUUCUUUGGGCCGGUGUUGAAGGUGGCAUAGCCACGGUAUGGCAACACAGGAGUGGUUGGUCGUGGCUUAAUGGGAAUUUGAGGUAA